AUGGACUGCUGGACCCUCCAGAUGGGUUAUCCUGUUGUGACCAUCAGUAAGAACUACAGUCUGGACCACAGCGUCACCAUCACACAGGAACACUUUGUCUACGACAGGGACGCCAAGAUCAGAGACCCUGACCUUUUCAACAGAAGUCUACAGUGGCAGAUUCCUCUAACUUUAGCAGUGGGGAAUUCAACUUACAAAUCAUCAGAAGUCAUCCUCUGGAUCUCCAAUAAAACAG